AUGGACGGCCUCAUUCUCGACACGGAGGGUCUGUACACGGUAGCCCAGCAGCGCAUUCUCUCGCGGUUCAACCGCGAGUUCACGUGGGCGCUCAAGGUCAAGAUGAUGGGCAAGAAGGCCGCAGAGGCGGCAAAGGUGGUGAUAGAGGAGCUGGGGCUGCAGGGGGAGAUGAGCGCCGAGGAGUUUUUAAAGGAGAGAGAGGCGCUGCUGAGGGAGGAGUUUCCCCACUGCAAGCUGUUACCAGGGGCGGAGCGGUUGAUUCAGCAUCUGCAUGCACACAACAUUCCCAUGGCCAUUGGCACAGGGUCUCACAAGAUCCACUUUGGCCUCAAGACAGCCAAUCACGGGGAGCUCUUCGCCCUCAUGCGCCACUGUGUGCUCGGGGAUGAUCCCGAGGUUGUGCAUGGCAAGCCAGCUCCGGACGUCUUCAGAGUGGCGGCAGCCAGGUUUGACCCCUCACCGUCACCAGACAACGUGCUUGUGUUCGAGGAUGCUCCACUUGGUGUGGAUGCUGCCAGGAAUGCUGGAAUGUGGGUGGUGAUGGUGCCAGAUGCUAAUGUGGACCCUUCUCUCUGCACUAACGCCUCGCUUGUUCUUCCAUCAUUGUUAAACUUUGAUCCUGCUCUGUGGGGCUUGCCUCCAUUUCCAGCAGAAGUGUCUGAAACCUAG